AUGGACGCCCGGCACGAGCGAGCGUGGGAAAGAGGCCGGAAAGUAGAUAUUGAAAUGAUCGUCGGCCGAGGCCCGGAUGGGCGCGUCCGCGUGCACGGUCACGAGGGCGGCGUCGUCAUCGAGUUCCAGUCGGAGCACGCGGACGGUGACCUGUCGAUACCACCAGACGGCGCGAACGCAAGCCGCAACAAUCCAGCAAGAACAUCCCACCGUAAUGAGCGCACGGCUUACGAGCACGGGCAGAAG